UUCAAACCCUGCAAAGAGUGCUCGGUCUGGAGAAGUCCAACCUUGUUAGAUCCGUAAUGGUAGAUUACGAAAGUCUACGUCUAAUGACGCUUGUCCACCACCACCAGUUCCGACUGGGGCCCUGGUUCCCAAGUCCUCUGCCACCAGCUCCCAGCUAUGUCCUGGCCCUCAUGAAUCGUCCAGUCGAGAAUCUGGUUAGCUGGAUCUCCGCAGCGCCGUUGAGCAGUUAUAGUGUUGGCCAACAACAUCGCCUUGACACUUGAAUUAUCCAGCAUCUGGGAAGGUCCUGCAGAUUUCUGGAGCAGAUGGCUGGUUUGUUCUUUUGCCACAAUGUAGCUUUGAACCUUUCGUCAAGAUGUACAGUUUGAAGAGUGGGCGUCAGACAAACAUUCGAAGCUGGAUUUGAAACGUGGUAGUGACGGGUGCGUGCUGCUUCUAAUGUUAUUUUAUGACUGGAAGGAGUGGAAUUUUCUGAUUUGGGCAGGAUAUAACGUGUUCGAAUUCUUUCUUACCCGUGGAGGCUUGCAGUGUGCCGGAAAUCUGAUGAACAGUCGUACCUGGAGUCCAAGGCAAUGAGAAUGCGUUUCGGAGGGUAUUGUAUUGUGGAAAGUACAGCUGACGGGGAGUCACACCAUGGAAGAGUCCACGGGUUUGGGCAGCCUAAGGGCGAAGUACAUUAGAACUUCUGUUAUAGAGACGAUUACAAUCGGAUUGGUCGGAAUGGAAGAUUGUGCAUGUACCAAAAGAAGGCAAGAAGUCUGGUCUUGAGAGCACGAGCCGAAGGGUAUUAUGGAUCAAAGGAAGGAGAAGAGUCUUGUUUUAGGAGACCGAACGGAGAGAAUGAAGAACACAUCUUCCGGCGGUUUUCUUCAUGACUUCAACGUGAUUAGUCUGUUACCUUCAUAUGAGACGAAUUCUUUCGCACUUGAUUGUUCUUCAAGUGGGCGUGUUGGUAGUCCUCCCGAUACUUUUCACAGGGGAUUACCGAAGCUUCAUGUUGCAGGUUUGGCCGAGCAGUCUGCAGUGGCAGAACAUUUGAUUCCUGGAUUCGAUGCCAGUGUCGGGCGAGUGGCCCUUGGAAGUUCUCAGUUGUUUUUGAAAAAUGAGAAGGCUAGAGUUCGCAACAGCUUCAGCAGUAUCAAUGGGGAGAAAUACUUAGAUUCGAUGGUAACAUCGGGUCGAGUCGCCUAUCGGUCUGACGCCAAGCCCACAUCUGACAUUCCACUCUCUUCGACAUCGGGAAGAGUAGAUGGAGGCUUCUGGAGAGAGAGGGGGAGGGGAGUUAUAUCUUCCUUCUUUUGUCAACCACUUGGCGUGUUGUAUUCUACAGAUAACGAAGAUGGAAUUCAAAAUUUGUGGGAGCUCCCUCAAGGACAAAUGCUGGAGGAAUGUAUUAGUAUUGAUCAAAAUCACUCAGUUUUGACGGGGUUCGAGAAAGGCAAACAAAUCGAUGAGAGAUCUAUUCGAUUAUCCACAUCCCAUAAGCUGGGUGUUAAGCAUCUGCUAGCAACUCAAUACGCCACUGACUUGAAAGGAGAUUCGUUUGGUGCAACCUCUUGCACAAACUUCAACGUCAACACAUCUCACAGUUUCCUUCCAGAUUCGACAUUGUCUACAAGCUUGCAUACAAAUUCUUCCGGAGAUUGCAGCUUUGAAGUGGAGUUCCAAAGGGAGAGGAAAAGAGGCAAUCAAGAGGUCCUGGAGAGUUUUAUGGUAAACCCGAGAACAGGAGACAGACUUCUCAAGUUUCAGUCUAAGAAUAUACUGAAAGGAGGGGUUGUGUUUAUGAAUUCGGUUAUAUCAAAUUUGAGGGAUCAACACGCGCUGAGAUUCUCGGCAACAACUCCGCUACGAAAAACAUGCUCUGUCACUAACAGUUUCUUCACAGACUUGCGUGGAAACCAGAAGAUAUGUAUGAAUGCCCUUAAGAAGAUCCAAGAUCACUUCACGCUAGUUGGUUCCUUCGCCACAAAUUUGAAGCAGGAGGAAUGUGUAAGUCUUGAAGCCAGACACGAGCUGGAUGGUCUGAGAAAUAUGGUCGUUAAGCUCUCUAAAGAAGUUGGAGGUCCCACUUAUCUGGACGUUACCUCGUCACUGUUUUCGCAGAAAGACUUCUGGCUUUGGGCUUAUAGGAACUCAUCGAUGGAAGGUCAAUCUCUGGCAGUGGAAUGGAGACGCGAAGUUUCCUCUGAACACUUCCUUUCAGUUAGAGCUUCGGUUGCCGAGGAUUGGAUUUGUAGAAUAUCGACAGAAAUCUGCCUUCCCUGCUAGUGUUUGACAACUUGUAGUUUGAUAACUUGGAUUCAAAAUCGCUUGGAAAUAUGCUUGGAGAUGUCCAUUUUGUGUACACUAUGAACAAAAGUAAAUCUUGUACAUACUCGUGCUAGUGAAGUGAUUAAUUUCAUGAGCCUCGCAAUAAGGUAAUUCAUUUUGUUUCGAUUGUUGUUGUUUUUAUCCUGAAGAUCAGUGUCUGCAGUCGAACAACUUCUAAACGUGCUGACGUAAUUUGGUAAUGGAAAGACCUAGUGAAACAAGACAACUUCGCUGUUCAAGGUUAGCUUGAUCGAGCUUUCACUCUGUUAAUUAUUUGCCAACAACAGAAGCUAUCAUGUGCAUGUCGACAAUC